AUGUUCGCCGACAGCGCUUUGAUGAGUCCUGACUUUGACGAGGAGGCGUACCUGCGCUACGCCCUCCAUGACCCCAACUGUCAGGCGGAGCAGGCCCGUCUCGCAUCGUGCGUCAAGGCCGUGCGGGAGGAAGUUCACAAAAUACUCUCGGAGAACGCGGAAGACAUGCUGCAGCAGGUCACGGCGGCCUGCCGGGCACAGCGAGACGUUGCUGCGGUGCGUCAGGCUACGUUUUCCCUCAUGGGCUCCACUAACAGACUCCGGCAAACAAUCCAGGAGCCCUAUCGUGUCAUCAGUGCGAACAUCACGAAGUUGGGGAACAUGAACGCCGCCAUAAAUAUCCUGCGGAGUAUUCUGAAGUUUAUUGGCCUUACCACGCGUCUGAAGAGUCAACCUUCCCAAGACCUUGCCCGGGCCUCGCGCACACUGCGGGAGGUCGAGGAACUGCUUCAAACCAGCAACAUUAAAGGGAUAGAGGUGGUGGAUAACCGCAUGGACACUGUAGAGCGAGCCGCGCUCACAAUUCGUACCAAGGCUCAGGAAAUGCUGCGACACGGGGAUGCUCAAGAUGCAUCUGGUGUGGCCAUUUCUUUGCAAUGCCUCUUUACUCUGGGUCUUCUUCCUCGGGUGCUCGGUAGCCUCAUGACAGAACAGAAGCGUGAGGUGAUACGCUCGCUCAUGAGGGACUUGGACCCGCAAACGAUUGUUGAUGAAGUGAAUCAUGGAGGGAGCAGCGCCACAAACGACAUGAAUCUUCGGAUGCGUGAAGUUCUUUUUUCACGUAUCAAGUCGGCUCUUGCAAAUGUGUCGCAGCACAGCCAGGUGGUUGUAUCCGUAUGGCGAGUGUUAGUCAAAAAGGUGGAUCCCGUUACGCACACAUCGUACCUUAGCGUUGUGGAAAGCCCGACUUCGGUGUUGGGUGACUACUGGCACCUUGUAACGGAAAAACUCUGUGAACGUCUACAGGCGGUUCAGAAACGCCCCAACUUCCUUGCCGUCCUGGCAAAAGACGUAAUACAAUACCAAAAUCUACUAACAGGAUUUCUAGGCAGCAUGAAUGAGCUUUUGAAGAUACUGGAUCGAUUGAUGGAGAUGGACGCUGCUGCGUUGAAACGAACGAGCGGGUCAUCCCCAUCAAGCAAAGCUUUGCAUACGAGCACCAACACCACCACCAACGCUACGGCUUCCGAGGAGUUGAAGCGCCUGUGGCUUUCCCAAGUCACACAGGAGGUGGAUGAACGCUUUGCCGCUCAUAUCAUGGACCGCCAUCGGGAACGGCUGCACCAUAUUCUUUCAAAACUUUCUACUAUCCUUCCUACCGCGAGCGGUCGAUCUACGGUGAGUAUGAAAGUUGAUCUCCAACGACCAGAAGUUCCUGCGGCGGCCCGUGUCUUGGACACACGUGGGUACACCAUGUUGGCGACACAAGAUGUGGUGACGUACCGUCAAAAUCCCCACACGCUUGGUAUUGUUUUGGAUUGCAUUCUCCAAUGUCUUGCAAGCUUUAUGCAGCCAGUAACGGAGACGACGGGGAAGUGGCCUCUUCCUCCACUUCCCUCUGUUUCUGGUGAUGCAACUGCAUCUCAGAUGCUUCACAUUUGCGUCAGCAACGCAUGUACGCUGCUUUGCAAUGACUUGACGGCUUUGUUGGCUUCACUGCCAGAGGGCGAACUUUUUGCCGCGGAUUUUUUGAAUGAUCGGUGGGCCUCCAAUGGCUCACGCCGGGAGGAACAGGGUGAGAAGAGUGGAUCCGCCACCAAUGAUCAGAAAUUGGUUGUGGAGAAAUACCACCAGCUUCGUGGGUUUACCAAAAGGUUUAAUUCCAUUAGUGAGAGCGUUGUGCAGCCCUUCUUCAGGUCCGUUUCGGUUCUGUUUUUGGACUCCAUCUUAAUGUGCGUGGAUGGGACGCUCGAGCAAGAGGUGGCAGGAAUAGGACAACUUCAUAGUCAAAUGCGGCAUUUUAUGUCCUGUUUUUAUUACCUAUUUGAACCACAAACUCCUACUCUGGAUGAGCAUUCUAGGAGGCUUACAGACAAUCUCCUUGCGAGACUCAUUGUGGCCGUCACUUUGACCUACCCGUUUACAACGAAAAUGCAAAAACAUCUGAUGAACUGCCUUCAACAAAUUCCUCGUGUCGUACUGUCAUUUGGACCGGCAUUUGGUCAUGGAACGGUUGGCCGUAGCACCAUGUCACUGAAGGGGCAGAUACACCAAUUGACAGUGUGGUACAGCUUACCGGAAGAAGUUUCAGAGAAGCCGAUUGGUGAGUGGCACACCAUCCUUCUGACGCUCCCUCCUAUUUUGGCUCGCUUAUUACUUCUGCAACGUGUUCUUCAUCCUGGAAUUAAAACCAAGAAGCCAUACACCUUGAUGGAAGUGACGUCAGGGGGAUUUAUGGAGAUGGUGGAGGCCAUAGUGUUGGAGCAGCUCUACACCAGCGACACUCCGCCGCGAAGCAUCCGCGACGGAACUGACGGAGUCCCAAGGGUGACGAGGUUGGGGGAGGUGCUGGUUGCCGUGGAGAAGUGUUUCCAGGAGUCCGUAGCGGUGUCCGACGAAGACGCUAGUCGGGGACCGACAGUGCGGUGGAU